UAACUCUAAUAUUGUAUCUGUAAAAAUAGUAAUGACAACACUGAACUUAUCUUGUGUGUAUUUUGAAAUAAUAUAACGUAUCAUAUAUUGCAUCAGGAAAAAUGUUUCAUUCAGCACCAGAAAAAACGAAGGUUGUGACAGCUGUUGUUAUUGGAGCAGGAUGCAGGGGAAGUGGAUAUGCCAGUUAUGCCUUAUGUGAUAGGCAUCCGUUCAAGGUGAUAGGUGUGGCAGAACCUAGGGAUGACUUUCGAAAUAAAUUUGUUGACAAAUACAAGAUUCCAAAAGAAAAUAUAUUCAAAGACUGGAAAGAUGCAGCACAAAAAGAGAAGUUUGCUGACUGUGUAAUAAUAUGUACUCAGGAUAAACUUCAUAAGGACCCAGCAGUAGCAUUUGCCAAACUGAAGUACCAUAUUUUGUUGGAAAAACCAAUGGCACCAACAGAAGACGAAUGCAUGGAAAUAGUCAAAACAUGUAAAAGUGAAGGUGUACUGUUACAAGUUUGUCAUGUACUUAGAUACAGUCCAUGGGCCAUGAAGAUUAAAGAAAUAAUAGACAGUGGUAGGAUAGGGGAUGUUGUUAAUAUACAGCAUUUAGAACCUGUAGGACAUUGGCAUUUUGCACAUUCCUAUGUAAGAGGAAAUUGGCAUAAAGAAUUGGACAGUUCUAGUUCUUUACUGGCUAAAUGUUGCCAUGACCUUGAUCUUAUUAAUUAUUGGAUGGGACCUAAAAACAGAUGUGAAAAGAUUUCAUCUUUUGGCAAGUUAAGCCAUUUUUCAAAAGACAACAAGCCAAAGGGAGCUGCAUCCAGGUGUUUAGAUUGUCCAUCAUCUAUAGAGCGUGUUUGUCCAUAUUCUGCUAAAAAAGUUUACCUUGAAAAGUUAGCUAAUGGACACAAAGGUUGGCCUUUGUCCAUUUUGCAUUCCUCUCCAGACAUAGAAAAUAUAACUGAACUAUUGAAGACUGGGCCUUAUGGGAAAUGUGUUUAUGACUGUGAUAAUGAUGUUAUGUCCAACCAGGUUGUCAACAUGCAAUUUAAAAAUGGAGCUACAGCAAAUAUGACAAUGAUUGCAUUUACAGAAGCUAUUUGUGAUAGAAAAGUUACAGUGUUUGGAACUAAGGGAGAAUUACAAUGCCAUGGAGCAGGGCGCUCACUUGUUUUAUAUGAUUUUACAAGGGGAGAUCAUGAUAGAAUUGAUACAACAGCAAAAAUGAUGAAGGGUUUAUCAGGACAUGGUGGUGCUGAUUUCUACUGUAUGGACAGUUUUGUUGAAGCUGUUGUUCAAAAUGAUCUAGAAAAAAUCCGGACCGGACCAGAUGAGACAUUAUACAGCCAUAUGUUGGUGUUUGCUGCUGAAAAAGCUAGAAAAGAAAACAAAGUAGUAUCCAUGGCACCGGAUGGAACAUUUACUUGAUGUUCACUAUGUUUUAACUUUUUAUUUUGAGAUACACAUCAGAUAUACCAUAUUAAAUCAUUUACAGCAAAUUUCAUUAUCAACGGGGUAUGAACUUUAUUGAGUUUAACUCUUAUGUUAUUUUUAAAGAAGUGUUUGUACAUGUAUACUAUUCAAUUUUGGUUUAAUGUGGAUAAUUUUGUAAAUCAAUAAUAAGUUUUAUAUAUAAAUGAUAUGACAAAAUUUUAACAAAUAGAAUCACUGAAACAUUUAAUUUACUUUAUAACUACUAAUUUUGAAAAAAAAAAUGCACUAUAAUUACAAGUUUAUCAUGAAUGAUUGACAAGGUAUAGAAGUUGUUGAAAUAAUAUUGUCCAAUUUGGUGGAUUUUCCUGCAAGUCAACUAAAAUAUUUACUGUAUAUUUAUAAAUUUAACAAUCUGAGAAUGGAAAAACUCACGCUUGAUCAUGAGAAUUCUUUCUUUAUUAGAUCCUAAAUAAGAGGUGUGUAGGUUUUUAAAAGUUUUUCCACAUAUGUGUCACUUUAGAUUGAUCAAUAGAGGUUAGGUAUAAUUCGCUGUUUCAGAAUCUAAUGCAUUCUGGGUAAUAAUUUCUGAAGCGUACACCAAAACGUUGUGAUUGGUUUAAAACUUACUAAACAAUGAAAAUUCAACCAAUGACGUAACGCUACUUUCAUUUUGGUUUACAAACAAUGAGAUUACCCAUAGUCCUUUCAGUUUUAAAGAGGGGAAUUGAUAUCGACAGAAUAGUUUUGUUUCAGGGAUUUUAAAUUCAUUGUUCUGCAAUACAAGGUUACAGUUAUAUUAUUUUCAACUUUUAUUAUUCCAUGUUAAAAUAUUUGUUCAAAAACUUUUCUUUUUCUUUCAAAUGUUAUUAUGUAUGUCUUAAAUUGUUGAGGGAAUGAUUGAUAAAAAUAUGAACACUGGCUCAGUAGCCAUUUGGUACAGACUUGCUAUAUUAGGUCUGUUUCAGGCCAUCAAGAAGCCUUAGAAAAUUUCAUAUCUAAUGCAAAGUGUAAAAUUUGUAUAUUGGUAAGUCUUUUUUUAAGUUUAUGUAGUGAUAUUAUUACUUUUUAUGUUUGGGAUAUAUACAUGUAUUUAAAAACUUGUCUUUGCAUAAACCAACAUUUCCAUGUAAAUGGCAUGUAAUCUUUAGUUUGACAAAUAUGAUGGGAUGUCACAAUUCAGUACAUUGCUUGGCAGUAAUUUCAUUUAUCCCACAAGUUAUAUACCCAUUCUUUUUGUCAUAUUUUUGAAAAAAGCAAGACUAUAAUACUUUGGCAAAGUAUGAAUAAAAUCUGUAUUUUUGAAAAAAUCUGUAUUUUUGUUUGUUGAAAGGGUAUAUGUCACUGAGCUUGUUUUCAAGCUACAGUUUGUUCAUUGUACAUUGUUCUGACUACACUUCAAAAAUGAAAAAUUUACUGUACAUUCCUAUAUAAAAUUGAAUCAUCUGAGUUAUCUCCCAUAUGAAGCAAAUAAGCUGUCGUAAUAAGAUAAAAAUCACAUAAUUUACCUCCUUUGAAUGAAAAGUCUUUCAAAUGAAUUGCAUUUUAGCAACCAAAUCUGUGUAUUUCAUUAAAAAUCUGGAAAAAUCAUUUGCUAAAAAUUGUGAUUCAAGAUGGUGAAAUACUUUCAUACUACUUUUCAUAUUGGCAUUUACAUUGACAUCAUUAAUUAUAUGGAAAAUUAUUGCACUGAAUGAUUUAUAGCAUUUGGAAAUUAUUUUCUAUGAAAGUAUAAUGAAAAUAAUACUCUAAGAUAUGUUUUAUUAUAUUAUGUUAUAUAUCAAUAUAUUUGUUUUGUUAUGUAAUGAAUUAUUGUCAAUUGUUAACUUAUUGGUACUUUAUUUUUAUUAUACAUUGAUAUUUUAAAAAUAAAUCAUUGAUUCAGA